CAGUGUAGUGUAGACUCCUGAAAGGUCUGACACGACUUUUUGUCUGGUUUUUAACCAGGAACAAGGGACGUGAAGCACUACUCAAAACCUCCUAAUGGAUGUUAACGGACGUGUUAUUGUGGUAGAGGCGAUUGCAUCGUCUUCAGAAAAUAUGUGUUUAGUUCAGACAUUUAGAGAGUUUGUUAGUGAGAGACUAACUGCUGCCGCCGGAGCAAUAUUUAACAGAUUUGAACAAACUGUCGUCCAGUUGAAGGAGGAGAGUAAGAGACAGAGCAGAUUCCUGGAAGUCUGUGGUCGACCUCAAGUCCCGUUCCACAAAACAGAGAAUCCAGAGCUACAAAUUAGCAACCAGAAAGCGAGUUCCAGUCUGCAUCCGGAGGAUCAUGAAGCUCCACACAUCAAAGAGGAGGAGGAUCUUGUUGAGGUGUCUGCCACUGAUGGUCGAAGUCACAAUUCCCAUGAUUCUUGGACAGACUUGACCACCCGGAUACUAGCUGCUGCUGCAGUGGAAAUCUUCACCUUGUUUGAGCCAACGCUCAUCCAGUACCAGGAGGGCAUUGUCCAUCAGCACAGACUGCUGGAAGCCAUCUGGAAUCCUAAAGUCAAGUUACACAGAAUAGAGCUUCUACAGCACCGUCACUGUAGGGAGGAGCAGCUCUUUAAACAGGAAAAAGACUACUUUCUAGAACAGGAGGAACAAGAACCUCCACAGAUCAAAGAGGAACAAGAAGAACCAGGAUUUCUGCAGUUUCCAGAGGACCAUAAAGAACCAGAACCUCCAGAGACUGAGGAGCACAAGGAUCUCAGCACCAGCAAGAUGCAAGAGCAGCCUGUACUGAAGUUUGAAACUGAUACCUUUAAAGUUCCUUCUAUUGAGGAGCAAAGUGACCUGAGUGAACCAGAACAAGAAGCAGACACUGAUCAGCUCCUCUCUCAGGACUCUGAAGUCCACCAAGAGAAAAAAAAGAAUGACUUCACUGUUUCAGAGACGCAAGCUGGAUGUGUAAAGCUUCUUUGUGAGGAAACAUGUGGUGAAAUUGCCCAUAAAAAACAGAAAUCAUGUCAAAAGGCAGGAAAAGAUAUUGAUAAGAAAAAAACUUGUGAAACAUGUGGGAAAUGUUUCAGUACACGGCGUGAUUUGUUGGUCCACAUGAGAACUCACACAGGUGAGAAGCCGCAUCCUUGUGAAAGAUGUGGGAAAAGUUUCAGUAUACGGAGUAAUUUGUUGGUCCACAUGAGAAUUCACACAGGUGAAAAGAAGUAUCUUUGUGAAACAUGUGGGAAAAGUUUCAGAACACAGGAUCAUUUGUUGGCCCACAUGAGAACUCACACAGGUGAGAAGCCGUAUCCUUGUGAAACAUGUGGAAAAAGUUUCAGAACACAGGGUCAUUUGUUGGUCCACAUGAGAAUUCACACAGGUGAGAAGCCAUAUCCUUGUGAAACAUGUGGGAAAGGUUUUGGGACACGGCGUGAUUUGUUGGUCCACAUGAGAACUCACACAGGUGAGAAGCCGUAUCCUUGUGAAACGUGGGAAAGUUUCAGUCAAAGUGGUCCUUGUCGACCCACAUGAAAACUCACUAGUGAGAAGCCAGAUCCUUGUUAAAUGUGGGGAAAGUUUUUGUUCAAUGUUCCUCCACAUGAGAACUCACACAGGUGAAAAGCUGUAUUCUUGUUAAAUGUAGAAAAAGUUCUUGUUCAUUGUUUUCCCUCGUGAGA